UGACUCACUGCGGUAAUGUGGAUCAAAUAUUCAUGUGUCACGACAGGAGUGCAUGUAUAAACAUAACGUACAAGUGUGACGGAAUUAAAGACUGUGUUGAUGAUUCAGAUGAAGAUUGUGAGGGUAAGUAUACGCUUUCCUACCUGCUUUCUUUCUUGUUCUUUAUUAGCCUUCGUAUGAUAGUUGUAUACAAAGUGGGGUUCUGGAGCGGGUGGUGCACUGAGCACCACCCAUGACGUCAUCAUGGCGUCAUUUCGUAUUGGUCAUAUGCAAGUUAUAAUCUAAUUUAACAAGCGUAGACAAUAAUUGCAUUCCGUUAUAACAACAGACCACCUGAUGAUUCCUAUACGGAUGAAACAGACUGUUGUGGUUUUUUGAGGUAAAACGAAAAACUAUAUUACGCUCUAUCUAUAUGGUAUUGAGCACUGUGUUUCGUAAACCAAAAACUUAAGUAUAUAUAUAUAUAUAUAUAUAUAUAUAUAUAUAUAUAUAUAUAUAUAUAUAUAUAUAUAUAUAUAUAUAUAUAUAUAUAUAUAUAUAUAUAUAUAUAUAUAUAUAUAUAUAUAUAUAUAUAUAUAUAUAUAUGAGUAGGUGUAAAGAGUGCUUAAUAACAUAAAGAUAGAGCAAAUGUAGAAUUUCGCUUACCUCAAAAUUCCGCAACAGUCUGUUUCAUCAGUAAAGAACCAUCAGGCGGUAUCCUGGUAUGAUUCUUUACUGAUGAAACAGACUUUGCGGAAUUGAUUCUUAACUGAUGAAACAGACUGUUGCGGAAUUUUGAGGUAAGCGAAAUUAUAUAUAUUUCAAACACUCAUUAAUAAUGCAUAAGCUUAUUGGCAAAUCAUGUCAACUAUAACAUGCCACGUGCAGUGGCUUUAAACCUGAUAAAACACUCCUAAUUAGUAUUCUUUAUAUAAAGAAUACUAAUAAGGCAGUAUCUAUUGUUGUCGUGUCCUCAUUAGUAUUUUUUAUAAUAAAGAAUACUAAUAAGGUGAUAUAUCUAUUGAAUUUGUAUAGUCAUAUUUGAAGCCGUUUAAUAAACUCGCAGGUCGUGUUUUAUUAGGUCUAAAGCCACUCGCGCUGCGCGCUCGUGUCUUUAAACCUAAUAAAACACUCCUGCUCGUUUAUUAAACAGUACUUAAAUUAAAAACUCAUUAAUAAUUCAGGAGCAAAACACAAAGAAAAAUCAUAAACGUGUCGUGGUUUUAUAUGUGAUAAAAAAUUUUAUUUCAUAAACUUACAUUAAUUUACAUAAACUUUAGCUUUGAUUUUCUCGGUUUAAACAAGGUUUAUUUUAAAAAUUACUUCGCUAAUGUACUAUUUAAAGCACGAGUAGGAGUGUUUUAUCACAUAUAAAACACGACGCGUAGCGGAGUGUUUUAUAUGUGAUAAAACACGACUACGAGUGCUUUAAAUGGCUUAAAAAACGAUCCAUCUUCUGAUGAGUACAUUAGCGAAGUAAUUUUUAAAAUAAACUUUGUCUAAACCGAGAAAAUCAAAGCUAAAGUUUAUGUAAAUUAACUUGAUUUUUUAUCACAUAUAAAACCACGACACGCUUAUGAUUUUUCUUUGUGUUUUGCUCCUGAAUUAUUAAUAUAUAUAUAUAUAUAUAUAUAUAUAUAUAUAUAUAUAUAUAUAUAUGUAUAUGUAUAUGUAUAUGUAUAUGUAUAUGUAUAUGUAUAUGUAUAUGUAUAUGUAUAUGUAUAUGUAUAUGUAUAUGUAUAUGUAUAUGUAUAUGUAUAUGUAUAUGUAUAUGUAUAUAUAUAUGUAUUAGUUGUGUAAUUGUACACUCUGUAAUAUGUUAAGAUGAAAGUGUUCUAGAGUGUGUAUUAUAUAAUUUCCAUACCAGCGCAAGCAGAAAGAUGUUGUCUGCCGCGGCUGGAUCUUGAACCCGCGACCUUCGAAUUACUAGAUCGACGCUCUACCAACUGAGCUACACGGUCAGACGGAUUUAAGACUGGAAAUUAUGAAAUAUAUACAUAUAUAGCUUGUAAUCCAUUAACAGUCGUUAACGGAUUACAAGCUAAAAUUUAAUUUCUUAAUUGUUUAUUAUGGAUAGAAAGGAAUUAUUGAUUACGCUGGCGUAGACCUUAAUAUCGGGCGCGUGGCUUUGCGGGCAUAAACUUGCACAAGAAUUUAGAUUUAAAACACAUUUAUUUCUUCAAAACGUUUUACAAGAUUUAGUACAGUCUAUUUCUAAGAGCCGUAUCGUUUAGGUGUCUUUUGUAGAGCGGAGGACUGUAGUUCCUUAGAUCGUUGGUUCGACCCUAGCUCGCAAGAUUUAAAAUGCAGGCGCUCUUUUUGGCGGGUGGGAAAACUUCUAUGCAGCUCGGAGCCUAGCUGGAAAUAUCGAGUCUAAAUAGUUCGGAGCCGAGUUCGAUAGGCUCGGAGCCACUCUAAAUAGCUCGGAGCCGAGCUCGAUAGCUCAAAGCCAUUCUAAAUAGCUCGGGAGCCGAUAGAAUUUUUAUGUGCUGCAAAUUCUGGAGUUUAUACUGACUUAACAAGCAGUUACCUACGCGUUAAAGCAAAGAUCACUACCGCAGCAGGAGGAUCCUAAGAUAUUGUAUGAUAUCCUAAGAUACUGUAUAAUAUCUUAAGAUAAUGUAUGUUGUCCUAAGAUACUGCAUGAUAUCCUAAGAUACUGCAUGAUAUCCUACGAUAAUGAUAUCCUAAGAUACUGUAUGAUAUCUUAAGGUACUGCAUUGUUAUCCUAAGAUAUUGACAUCCUAAGAUAUUGUAUGCACAUGAUAUUCGAAGCCAAACUCGACAGGCUUGGAGCCACUCUAAAUAGCUCGAAGCCGAGUUCUCAAUAGCGCGGAGUCACUCUAAAUAGCUCAUAGUUAUGACUACAUGGGGUGUAUAAAAAAAAACUGAACAGAUUUGAAAUUGGUCUCAAUUUCGCAAAUCACCUAUUUGUAUCCGUUUUUUAUAUAUAUAGCUUCCUUGGGUACUUAUAAUGUAGAAUAAUGAAAAAAAUUUCUUGAAGUCAAAUUUUGUGAACCAGGGGGCGGGUCUUUUCCAACAAAUUAAAAAUGGCUCGCGCACAAAAUUUAAAAGUUGUAAUCAUAUUUUGUGUUAAUAGAUGGAAAAUUGGUCGGGUUUUUAAUUACUGGACAAAAUUUCAGACAAUUUGGUUAAGUUUAAGCCCUUUAACUAUUCGCGCAAAUUUACAUUUUUCCUAAAAAUCAGCUAUUUACAUGCUUAAUUAAUGCCUUUGCCUAAUUUGCAUAUGUUAGCAAUAUGCAAAUUAGGUAAAGGCAUUAAUUAAGCAUGCGAAAGGCUGAUUUUUUAGAAUAAAAUGAAUAGUUAAAGAGCUUAAACUAAACCAAAUUGUCUGAAAUUUUGUACUGUAAUUAAAAACCCAACAAAGUUUCCAAUAUGAUUAGAACUUUUAAAUUUUGUGCGCGAGCCAUUUUUAGUUUGUUGGAAAAGACCCCCCCCCCCCCCGGUUCACAAAAUUUGAGUUUGAGAAAUUUUUUUCAUUAUUCUACAUUAUAAGUACCUGAAGAAGCUAUAUAUAUAUAUAUAAAAAACCGGAUACAAAUAGGUGUUUUACGAAAUUGAGAGCAAUUUCAAAUCUGUUCAGUUUUUUUUAUACACCCUGUAUAGUCUUAAUAGUCACGAUUGCAGUCUUAAAGGGGCAGUGUCACCGAUUUUGAACCUCGCAAAUCUUUAGGAAUCUUCCAAAAAAUCUAAAAAGAAUGGUUGUAAGUACAACAUAAAACAAUAAAAAAUACAAAAGGCAUGUACAGAAGUCUGGAUGGUUGAGAUUAGGCGAGGAUUGAGAUGGAUUGUAAUUGACAUCUUGAUUAAUUGUUGGCGGACACUUUUUCAAGUUUAGGUCAUUUGUAUGAAAACGUCGUCUUACAUGCUGCGUGGAAGUUCAAAGUUGUUUAAUUAAUACGAUUCGUAUAUCAUAACUGAACCUAUUUAUAAUGUUUAUUUUCAAAUUCGCAGGUCAGACUUUGAAUAAAUAACAUUUUUGGUCAAAAAUUGGUGACACUGCCCAUUUAAUGGUCAUGACUAUAGUCUUAAUGGUCAUGUCGCUUGAGGGACGAUAUCAUGUCACAAGUGAGCAAAACAAACGGGGGACAGUUAUGAUAUCGUCCCUCAAGCGACAUGACCAUUAAAACUAUAGUCAUGACCAUUAAGAUUAUAGUCAUGACUAUUAAGACUAUAGUCAAGACUAUAAUCAAGACUAUUAAGACUUUAGUAUAAACCCACUAGUAUGCUAUCACAUAUCGCGCCUUCUGAUUGGCUACGCUACUAGUAGGCUAUUAGUGAUAGCCUACUAAUAGAAAAUUCAAAAUGGCGGAAAAUUCGCGUUUUGCACUUUUGCCGAAGUGUCUGAUGAUUUUUUGGACGACUUGUUGAACAAUUCUGUACUAAAAAACCGCGAAAAAAGCAACAAAAAUAUGGAAUGGCAAUUUUUAAGGGUAAGAAAAUAGACAAAACAUACACUCAAUGAAAUUUUAAAAUUAAAAUUGAAUUUUGUAAAACAUUUUACGCGAACAAAAACUAAAAUAUUUGUUUACCUUUAAUGGUUUUAUAAUGUUUUUUGUGUAUUUUUGUAUUGUGUUUGCAGCCUAGUUGUAAAUUAAUGUGAAAGUUUAUACUAAAACAAUUAGACAACUCGGCCUCGUUGUCUAUGAGCAAAUAGUCAACUCGGCUUCGCCUCGUUGACUAUUCGCUCAUAGACAACUCGGCCUCGUUGUCUAAUUGUUAAUUAGUCAUGACCAUUAAGACUAUAGUCAUGAUUAUUAAGACUAUAGUCAUGACUAUUAAGACUAUAGUCAUGACUAUUAAGACUAUAGUCAUGACUAUUAGUUGACCUGCACGGAAGCACAUAUUAAUAUCAUUGUCGUGACUCAACCUACGCAAAAUUGGUGAUUCUUAUUGGACGCUGAUCCUCUUCUGACGUGUUAGCCAUAUGAUAAUUACUUGUCUCCAUGUGAUGUCUUUAAUUUCUAUAGCUAUUGUAAAAUACUGUAUAGCGCACAGAAUUGUUUGAAUGCAAUUGUAAGUACUGAAUAUUUGCAUACAGUUUUAAAAUGUCAUGUAACGUAAAGCAAGGCGAAAUGGAUGACAACAUGGUCAUUGUGAAUCUUACUAUAUGCUUAACAUAAAUGCAAUUUGUAACGUGCUUUUAUUUGUUUAUAUAUAAAUUAUUAAAUUUCAAUGCUGCUUUCAAAGAGUCAGUGGAACAGAGCAAUGUUGAAGCCCGAUUGAACGCCCUCCUGAACACAUUAGGGCAUCUUUUCCAAUCAUUUUAUCUGCUAAUUGCUUUGACAACAACCUGCACCCACAGUUCCUUACCACCACCGCGACCCUACAAUAUCAUGUGUUUCUUUCGUACACGGCGAGGUGGCAUUUUACGUCCUACUUCUUUUAGCUUUCAUGCAUCUACAUGUAGUUUACUUGUUUAGAAAUUAGUGUCGAUCGUUUGAAUAUGUUCGUCUUUGCAAAUCCCAUAUUUAAUGGAGUAUGCUUUGUUUCUCUAUACUAAAUGUUAGCAGCUAUAUCCAUGAUUUAGCAAUUUUUGAUCGUUCCCUAUGAUUUUGGAAUUUUUGAUCAAUUUAAUGCUUUGAUCGUUCCCUAUGAUUUACUUCUUUAACUAUAUGACAUAUGUGAAUAUGUGCAGGGUUUUGGCACAGGUUUGGUCUUUUGCUUGUAAGACUAAGAUGGUAUUGUCAUACAUUGUCAUAUUGCUGAAAUGUUGUUUUUAUGGACAAAUUGACUCAGUCAAUAACAUCGACACAGGACAAUGAGUAUUAUAUAUCAGACAUCAUAACACGCAAAUUGCAAUUGUUCUAUAUCACAAUACGUGUAAAUUAAGACUAUGUUAUGUGUUUUGACAUGUGUUCAGUAUAUUUGCUUACCAAAUAUUGCAAUCUCAAUAAACCAAGUUUGAUGCCGUUUGGCGUGAACUAUUGAGGAGUUCUAGACUGUAUCGGUUUCCCAACAACCUAACCGAACAACUAAACCAUGGCAGGCAAGGGAGUUAUUUAAUUCUAGUUGAUCAUAAGUAACAAGUUGUUUUGCAGAUCCAGCACGCACUGUCGCCACAAGGCAGUUUACUCUUUACCAUGGGAACUGCAUGCGUGGUCGAUAUGGCUAUUAAGACUAUAGUCGUGAACAUUAAGACUAUACUCAUGACUAUUAAGACUAUAGUCAUGACUAUUAAGACUAUAGUCAUGAACAUUAAGACUACAAUCGUGACUACUAAGACUAUAGUCAUGACCAUUAAGACCAUAGUCAUGGCCAUUAAGACUAUAGUCAUGACUAUUAAGACAAAAGUCAUGACUAUUAAGACUAUAGUCAUGAACAUUAAGACUACAAUCGUGACUAUUAAGACUAUAGUCAUGACCAUUAAAACUAUAGUCAUGGCCAUUAAGACUAUAGUCAUGACUAUUAAGACUAUAGUCAUGACUAUUAAGACUAUAGUCAUGAACAAUAAGACUAUAGUCAUGAACAUUAAGACUACAAUCGUGACUAUUAAGACUAUAGUCAUGACCAUUAAGACUAUAGUCAUGGCCAUUAAGACUAUAGUCAUGACUAUUAAGACUAUAGUCAUGACUAUUAAGACUAUAGUCAUGAACAUUAAGACUAUAGUCAUGAACAUUAAGACUACAAUCGUGACUAUUAAGACUAUAGUCAUGACCAUUAAGACUAUAGUCAUGGUCAUUAAGACUAUACUCAUGAACAUUAAGACUAUAGUCAUGGCCAUUAAUUAAGACUAUAGUCAUGACUAUUAAGACUAUAGUCAUGACCAUUAAGACUAUAGUCAUGAUUAUUAAGACUACAAUCGUGACCAUUAAGACUAUAGUCAUGGCCAUUAAGACUAUAGUCAUGACUAUUAAGACCAUAGUCAUGACUAUUAAGACUAUAGUCAUGACUAUUAAGACUAUAGUCAUGAUUAUUAAGACUACAAUCGUGACCAUUAAGACUAUAGUCAUGACUAAAUUCAAGAGGGAGAGUGCCUCGCAUGGGUGUCGAGUCCCGUUCGCACUCUUGCCGUUUGAACAUCGUUCAAUAAAGCUGUUAAAACAAUAAAACAAUAAAACAAUAACUAUUAAGACUGUAGUCAUGACUAAAUAUAUAUCGCAAAAUCCACAACGUAUACUAGCCAUAACGAAAAUAUGUUCCCUUGUUUUUCGCUUGGCCAUGGCGAAAUAAAGAAAUUGUAUACACAUGGGGUGGGCGGGUUAAUCACAUUUUAAUGACCAUGUAAUAUGCAAAUAUCGACAACCAUAUAUGUUAACUUGGGCUUAGCAACUGAUAAAUUCUGUCUAAAAUAUGUAAAGCGAGCCAGGCACUGCAGAACAGGCUGUAAGGUACAUCUCUUUCUAAUUUGUAAGAAGUGUACGAGAUAAGAAACAUGCCAUAUUGUUUCAUAUUUCAGUGACUCACUGCCGUCAUGUGGAUCACAUGUUCAUGUGUCACGACAGAAGUGCAUGUAUAAACUUAUCGUUGAAGUGUGACGGAAUUGAAGACUGUGGUGAUGGUUCAGAUGAAGAUUGUGCAAAUAGUAAGUGCACGCUUUCCUAUACGCUUUCCUAACCGUUUAGACUUUGCGCCGACAAACGUACGUACAAUGCAUCAGCACGUAUACUGUUGUAGAACACACGGCUGGUCAUUCCAACAACAUUACAAGAAAGAGCAACACAAUUAGGUCAUAUCAGGCAUCAGGGAAUUGAUAAAACGAAAAGCCUGUUUUAGUACCACCAGUUCAUUUGCUUUAUUGUAUGAGUGCAAUAGACUUCUUCCAGUACACCGAACUGGUCAAUACUUGCUAGUGGUUAUCGAUACCUGCUCAAAAUUCCCAGAGGUAGAAAUAGUCAACUCAACCGAAGCAAAAACUUGCAUACCAAAAUUAGAUACGAUUUUUGCCAGAUGUGGGAAUACCAUCAAAAAUAAAAACUGACAAUGGACCGCCAUUUAAUGGGAAAUAAUUUGAAACAUAUGCUAAACCUUUGGGAAUGGACUUGUAAAACAUGGACUUGUAAAACAUGGACUUGUAAAACAUGGACUUGUAAAACAUGGACUUGUAAAACAUGGACUUGAUCUUCGAAGUUCAAGAACGUAACUUCUACUCAAUGACAGAUGGCCAGAAGACUUCCCUGCGGAAGAAGUUCUUUUCCAUCAAAGUAAUGGAAACACCAAGUGCCCAUACCAAGCGACCAAACGAUACGAAAGCCUUAUCAACAAGUCCAGAAGAAUCGGGGAUUAUCGGCGUCCCAUUUCCUAUUUUCACAGGAAUGUUUGGCAAAGCUGCCACUUUGGUAAACAGCCCUUCUUAUAUCUGGAAGAUGCCUACGACAGACACCCAAGAUAAACCGGCCUUCGUGGUUCACAGCACCUCAUCCGAGAACCCGCACAGAGUGAUCGUAUAUCCAAAAAGCGGCAAGGUGACGUGUGACAAAGCGUGUGUGAAUUGGUCAACAUAUAGUUUGUGCUCGCAUACCUUGGCCGUAUCUGAAAAUAUAGAGCGCCUGAAAGAAUUUCUGGCACGGUUCAAGAAGCAGAAACGCGUCCCGAACUUGAUUACUAUUACCAACAUCAACAUGCCGCAGAAUAAAGGAAUUAAGUCGACGUGACACGAAAGAGAAAAGGAGCCGCCAAUACAACACCAACCGAAGGAAUGUCCGUUGUUGCAAGUCGUGUUGUUCACUUCACGUGCUUCCAGACUGGUGUAACAUCGACAAGCGCUGGCUUUCAUCGUGAAGUAACAUUGGCAAGUCGUACCUUUUGGCCUUCGAUGGCGCCGUUAAGCGUUUUCUUUCAGCACUACAAUGGCGUCAUUGUCAAGCGUUCCAUUUCAGCCUACAAUGGCGUCAUCGUCAAGCGUCCUAUUUCAGCCUACAAUGGCGUCAUCGUCAAGCGUUCCAUUUCAGCCUACAAUGGCGUCAUCGUCAAGUGUUCCAUUUCGGCCUACAAUGACGUCAUCGUCAAGUGUUUCAUUUCUGCCUACAAUGGCGUCACCAAGCGUUCCCUUUCGCCCUGUAAUAACGUCGGCAAGUGUUCCCUUACGACCUGCAAUGACAUUGGCAAGCGUUCUCUUUCAUCCAGGAGUAUCAUCGACAAACGUUCCCUUUCGACCUGAAAUGGGAUCGUCCGCAAGCGCCGUCGCUGAACGUCAAGCAGCCAAUGUUUUUCGCCUGGCCAUGGCGAAAUAAAAAAUCCACAUGGGGUGGGCGGGUUAAUCACUUUUUAAUGACUAUGUAAUAUGCAAAUAUCGACAAUCAUAUAUGUUAACUUGAGCUUAGCAACUGCUAAAUUCUGUCUAAAAUAUGUAAAGCGAGCCUGGCACUGCAGAACAGGCUGUAAGGUACAUCUCUUUCUAAUUUGUAAGAAGUGUACGAGAUAAGAAACAUGCCAUAUUGUUUCAUAUUUCAGUGACUCACUGCCGUCAUGUGGAUCACAUGUUCAUGUGUCACGACAGAAGUGCAUGUAUAAACUUGUCGUUGAAGUGUGACGGAAUUGAAGACUGUGGUGAUGGUUCAGAUGAAGAUUGUGCAAAUGGUAAGUGCACGCUUUCCUAUACGCUUUCCUAACCGUUUAGACUUUGCGCCGACAAAUUUACGUACAAUGCAUCAGCAGGUAUACUGUUGUAGAACACACAGCUGGUCAUUCCAACAACAUUACAAGAAAGAGCAACACAAUUAGGUCAUAUCAGGCAUCAGGGAAUUGAUAAAACGAAAAGCCUGCUACGCGAAAAGAUCUGGUACCCAAAUAUGGACAAACGAGUGAAAGAAAUGGUAGACAAAUGCAUUCCAGUGGCGAAGGUGGAAUAUACGAGAAGUGUACGAAAUAAGAAACAUGCCAUAUUGUUUCAUAUUUCAGUGACUCACUGCCGUCAUGUGGAUCAAAUGUUCAGGUGUCACGACAGAAGUGCAUGUAUAAACAUAACGUUGAAGUGUGACGGAAUUGAAGACUGUGGUGAUGGUUCAGAUGAAGAUUGUGCAAAUAGUAAGUGUACGCUUUCCUAUACGCUUUCCUAACCGUUUAGACUUUGCGCCGACAAACGUACGUACAAUGCAUCAGCAGGUAUACUGUUGAAGAACACGCGGCUGGUCAUUCCAACAACAUUACAAGUAGUCCGUGUGUUGUGACCCGAUAUCGUUCACUUUCAUUAAGCAUGUCUUAGAUCUGAAAUAUUUUUGCGGGAACUAACACUUUCGAACACGCUGAGUUCAAAUCCGAAAAGUUCCCACUCCGUAGACCCGCAGUUUUUUCACAAAAGGCUAUUUCAUCUUCACUAACUUCACAACAAUUUUUGUCAUUGUUCAACGAUACGGAUCGAUGACGAUACACGAUUAUGUCACUCAAAAGGACCAAUUUCUAUUAAACAUUCUUCCUUCUAACAAAAGAUCGGUUUUGCUCGACCAUGACCAUUAAGACUAUAGUCAUGAUUAUUAAGACUACAAUCGUGACCAUUAAGACUAUAGUCAUGGCCAUUAAGACUAUAGUCAUGACUAUUAAGACCAUAGUCAUGACUAUUAAGACUAUAGUCAUGACUAUUAAGACUAUAGUCAUGAUUAUUAAGACUACAAUCGUGACCAUUAAGACUAUAGUCAUGACUAAAUUCAAGAGGGAGAGUGCCUCGCAUGGGUGUCGAGUCCCGUUCGCACUCUUGCCGUUUGAACAUCGUUCAAUAAAGCUGUUAAAACAAUAAAACAAUAAAACAAUAACUAUUAAGACUGUAGUCAUGACUAAAUAUAUAUCGCAAAAUCCACAACGUAUACUAGCCAUAACGAAAAUAUGUUCCCUUGUUUUUCGCUUGGCCAUGGCGAAAUAAAGAAAUUGUAUACACAUGGGGUGGGCGGGUUAAUCACAUUUUAAUGACCAUGUAAUAUGCAAAUAUCGACAACCAUAUAUGUUAACUUGGGCUUAGCAACUGAUAAAUUCUGUCUAAAAUAUGUAAAGCGAGCCAGGCACUGCAGAACAGGCUGUAAGGUACAUCUCUUUCUAAUUUGUAAGAAGUGUACGAGAUAAGAAACAUGCCAUAUUGUUUCAUAUUUCAGUGACUCACUGCCGUCAUGUGGAUCACAUGUUCAUGUGUCACGACAGAAGUGCAUGUAUAAACUUAUCGUUGAAGUGUGACGGAAUUGAAGACUGUGGUGAUGGUUCAGAUGAAGAUUGUGCAAAUAGUAAGUGCACGCUUUCCUAUACGCUUUCCUAACCGUUUAGACUUUGCGCCGACAAACGUACGUACAAUGCAUCAGCACGUAUACUGUUGUAGAACACACGGCUGGUCAUUCCAACAACAUUACAAGAAAGAGCAACACAAUUAGGUCAUAUCAGGCAUCAGGGAAUUGAUAAAACGAAAAGCCUGUUUUAGUACCACCAGUUCAUUUGCUUUAUUGUAUGAGUGCAAUAGACUUCUUCCAGUACACCGAACUGGUCAAUACUUGCUAGUGGUUAUCGAUACCUGCUCAAAAUUCCCAGAGGUAGAAAUAGUCAACUCAACCGAAGCAAAAACUUGCAUACCAAAAUUAGAUACGAUUUUUGCCAGAUGUGGGAAUACCAUCAAAAAUAAAAACUGACAAUGGACCGCCAUUUAAUGGGAAAUAAUUUGAAACAUAUGCUAAACCUUUGGGAAUGGACUUGUAAAACAUGGACUUGUAAAACAUGGACUUGUAAAACAUGGACUUGUAAAACAUGGACUUGUAAAACAUGGACUUGAUCUUCGAAGUUCAAGAACGUAACUUCUACUCAAUGACAGAUGGCCAGAAGACUUCCCUGCGGAAGAAGUUCUUUUCCAUCAAAGUAAUGCAUCGACAAUCAUAUAUGUUAACUUGAGCUUAGCAACUGCUAAAUUCUGUCUAAAAUAUGUAAAGCGAGCCUGGCACUGCAGAACAGGCUGUAAGGUACAUCUCUUUCUAAUUUGUAAGAAGUGUACGAGAUAAGAAACAUGCCAUAUUGUUUCAUAUUUCAGUGACUCACUGCCGUCAUGUGGAUCACAUGUUCAUGUGUCACGACAGAAGUGCAUGCAUAAACUUGUCGUUGAAGUGUGACGGAAUUGAAGACUGUGGUGAUGGUUCAGAUGAAGAUUGUGCAAAUGGUAAGUGCACGCUUUCCUAUACGCUUUCCUAACCGUUUAGACUUUGCGCCGACAAAUUUACGUACAAUGCAUCAGCAGGUAUACUGUUGUAGAACACACAGCUGGUCAUUCCAACAACAUUACAAGAAAGAGCAACACAAUUAGGUCAUAUCAGGCAUCAGGGAAUUGAUAAAACGAAAAGCCUGCUACGCGAAAAGAUCUGGUACCCAAAUAUGGACAAACGAGUGAAAGAAAUGGUAGACAAAUGCAUUCCAGUGGCGAAGGUGGAAUAUACGAGAAGUGUACGAAAUAAGAAACAUGCCAUAUUGUUUCAUAUUUCAGUGACUCACUGCCGUCAUGUGGAUCAAAUGUUCAGGUGUCACGACAGAAGUGCAUGUAUAAACAUAACGUUGAAGUGUGACGGAAUUGAAGACUGUGGUGAUGGUUCAGAUGAAGAUUGUGCAAAUAGUAAGUGUACGCUUUCCUAUACGCUUUCCAUCAGCAGGUAUACUGUUGAAGAACACGCGGCUGGUCAUUCCAACAACAUUACAAGUAGUCCGUGUGUUGUGACCCGAUAUCGUUCACUUUCAUUAAGCAUGUCUUAGAUCUGAAAUAUUUUUGCGGGAACUAACACUUUCGAACACGCUGAGUUCAAAUCCGAAAAGUUCCCACUCCGUAGACCCGCAGUUUUUUCACAAAAGGCUAUUUCAUCUUCACUAAUUUCACAACAAUUUUUUUCAUUGUUCAACGAUACGGAUCGAUGACGAUACACGAUUAUGUCACUCGAAAGGACCAAUUUCUAUUAAACAUUCUUCCUUCUAACAAAAGAUCGGUUUUGCUCGAAUCAUUUUGAGUUAUGCAAUCUUAUGCGUGUUGGACGUAAACAACAUAUCUUGUCUACAACUUUGAGAAGGUACAGAUAACGCUUUCUAAAAUCCUCAGUUCUAGAGAUAUCUCUAUAAAAUCACAAGGAUAUUAAUAUCAAGUCUUUUAGCUAUGUCACUGGCCUGAAAAAUAACUCUUUUAACGCGAUCAAGAUAUUUAAAACAAAAGUAACGCGAAGCCAACGUAACGGCAAAGACAACGCUAAAACGAAAUAUUGUCGAAUGGUUGCAGGUAGAAGACUUACGACAGGAUCAAUCUUAAAUAACCUUAAACUAUAAGAAUAAAUGUUCACAUCAAAGACAAAGAUCAGUCACAAAGUAUAAAAUAUGCUCUGUAAACUUACCGCGAAGUGGAGAAAUGUUUACAUGAGCUGUUUAUUUGAUGAUUUCGACGUAUAUAGAAGCCCUCUUUCCAAUAAUACUCGCUUAUCGCACAGUAUAACACCAACUCAUGUAAUAGUUCAAAUGUAAUGAUAAGUUAUCUCUUGAAUUACGUCUUGGAAACCGUGUUGGAAAUUUCAAUGCUGAUCCAUUACAUAUCGAUUACCGUUUUAUAUCUUUGUAUAAAACAUUUUGAUCGCAUGUAAGGAAUUAUUUCUCAUCCCAGAGACAUAGCACAAAGACUUGACAUUAACGUCCUUGUGAUUUUAUAGAGAUAGAUCCAGAACUAAGGAUUUUAGAAGGAAUUAUCUGUACCUUCCCAAAGUUGUAGACAAGAUAUGUUGUUUACGUCCAACACGCAUAAGAUUGCAUAACUCAGAAUGAUUCGAGCAAAACCGGUCUUUUGUUUAAAGGAAGAAUGGUUAAUAGAAAUUGGUCCUUUUGAGUGACAUAAUCGUGUAUCGUCAUCGAUCCGUGUCGUUGAACAAUGAAAAAAUUUGUUGUGAAAUUAGUGAAGAUAAAAUAGCAUUUUGUGAAAAAACUGCUGGUCUACGGAGUGGGAACUUUUCGGAUUUGAAAUCAGCGUGUUCGAAAGUGUUAGUUCCCGUAAAAAUAUUUCAGAUCUAAGACAUGCUUAAUGAAAAUCUUUUUCUAGGCACUUUUCGAGGUCACAACAUACGGACUAAUAUUUAAAGUAGCCCUAUAUACGCAAAUAUUGAAGAAUACGCUUGUUGCCACGAUGUUUAAAGCCUCGGUAACUCAUUGCAGGGGCGGCACGACUCAGCAGGGUACGUCCUCAAGUAGGUGUCCCAAUUAUGUGAUAAAUUGACCCUUCCCUGCAAUUAUACAUAUGCAUGUAACCGAAGUGAGAUAUUACAAUUGCUCUUGUUUGCAAUUGGAAAAAACUCUUUUCAUGAAACCCUUCUAUCAAUAGGCAUAUAUAUCUAUUUUUGAAAAUUUAAACAUAAAAUAAUUUUGGACAUAUUGAGUAUAUAUUGCUCAGUAGUAGAAACUUGAUCAAGCAAAUGGUCAAAAUACGUAAGCUUUCCUGCACUGAACAGCAUCACAAAAUGCACGGCCGACAAUGUUUCGUUGGUCUUGGCACACUUUUUUCACAGGGGUAGCGACCGCUAUAAUAACAAAGUAUUUACCCUGUUCGUUCCAACUGACUGAACUUGUUGAAAAGCGUGCAUGCAAAGACUCAUGCAGUGAUAUUGAUUGGAAAUUUACAUGUUCUCACAAACGUUUUAUAUACAGGGUGUAUAAAAAAAAACGCAACCUCGGAAUUUCCUAAGAAAUCACUUUGCAAUUCUUAAGCAUAAAAGAUUUUAGGCCCGUGGGAAUUGAAAUCGAAUUGCUAAUAGAUCAUAUUACUGUUGUUGUGCAUUAAAUAAAUGCAUAAAUUUUACUUUAUGCACUCGCGUACGUGUGCAAUAAUUUUGACAGUUGUGCUAUUUUAAAUUCCCAGGCGCCUAAAAUCUUUUGUCUUUAAAACCAUGUCGAUUUCUUGGGAAAUUCCGAGGUUGCGUUUUAUUUUAUACACCCUGUAUACCACAUCCACAAUUUAAGCGUGCAUGGAUUGCAACCAAUAUCUCUUGGGAAUUUAAAGCAAUAAAAUGGUGACCAUGUUGGCAGUAAUGAAAGCUUAUGUGGAAAGAUUGUUUUUUUAAUUUAGUAAUACAGAGAAAAACCUAUAUUUACAUGCACUGACGAGUUUUCAGUCCUAUAAAGAUAAAGUAACACAUGCCCAAGGCAAGCUUGAAGCGCAUACCAGCAGUCAGCUUCUUUAGGCAUAUUAAGGAAAGCUAAGCAAGACAUUUGAAGUGGCUUUCGAUAUCUAGACCUUGCUGUCGGAAUGGAAUCUGUCUCGAACUCUGAUGCCCUUACUCAUGCAAAGCGAGUUGAGUGUGGGCGGUGUGAAGGCGGCGAUUUCAAAAUCUAA